UUCGGUGAUACUUCUGCGACAUCACAUUUCAAAUUCGGCGGCUGUAACAGUCAGCCGUCCGAUCUGUGUUAUAGUGUUUGUGUUCAAACAUUAGAAUAGUGGUUUAGUUUAACAACGUGUUGAUCAUUCUAAUAAGCAUUCAAAAUGAAAUUCACGGUAGCAUUCAUUACACUUCUGUGUAUAUCAAAAACAUGGUCUAUAAAGACGAAAAUUGAAGACCCUAAGGACAAAAGGGAGGCAGCAUUAGGAUAUCCUUCAUCAGGCCACUCGAGCCAUGGCUACCAGCAGUCGCCCGCACAGGGUCACGAGGAUGCCAGUUCCAUCAGCAUUGGUGCAGGAUACAGUGUUGGUGGUGCAAAACCUCUACAUAGCUAUGCGAAUCAAAUAUCAGGAGCGUCCUACCAAAUACCAUCUGAAGGUCUCCCGGCCAGCGGUCACGGAACCAUCCAACUUGCUCCAAUUACUCUUCAACCAUCCCACAGUGGCAUCGUUUCAAACGAUCUUGCUCAAUUGAUGAGUCAACUUUCACAUGGAAUUAAUUCCGGAGCACUUUCCUUGCAGUCACCAGCCAGCCAUGGAGCUAUUUACCAGUUUGGAGGUCAAAGCGGACAAGGUGGUCAAGAAUAUGCUUUCCCACAAUUUGCGUAUAACUCUCCAAAACAGCAGCAGUAUACUUUAGGCGAACAAGCUCACCCUAGUGGCCCAUCUUACGCUGCAGGCACCAAAGGACUUGGUUCAUACAGUUCUACUGGUCCAGUUUUAUUUUCUCCUGAAUCUCACUCAGGUCAGGUUCAAGCUUCCUUGAAUUAUGCUUCUCCCAGUUCCGGACAUUCUAUUAGUGAAGGUCAAUCUUUAGGAGAAUCCGUUCAAUCUUUACCAGCUUUUUCUUUUGGUAACUCUGGACAUUCAUUCGGUGGAGCUUUAAAGGGUUAUGGAGGUAAUUACGCAGUACCCAGCAAGUCAUCCUUCAAACCCUCAGCCUAUAUUGGAUCCUCCGUACAAGGCGAAGGCCACGGUUUGGCAGGCCUUUCUGCUUCAUAUGCUGCACCAUCUAUUGGUAAUUAUCAUUCAGGCGGCUUAUCAUUAGGUUCAGGUGGUCAUGGCGCCAAUUUUGGUGGUUCUCUAGCGGGACUUGGAGGAGCUUCCCCUAAAUAUGUUUCUCAUUCAUACCAAACACCCAAAGGCGAAGGCUUGGGAUCUUUAGAAUCUAUCGCGUCUGCUUUUUCUGCUAGUGGACAAUUAGCUCAUUCUCCCCAUGGAAAUAGCUACACCUUCCCAUCCUCAGCUUACGGUUCAAGCAACGUUCAUGCCGCAUCUGCUCCUAGCCCUCAGUAUUAUAUUUCAUCAUCAAAACACGGCCCAUCAGCUGGAUUCGGUUCAGGUAGCGUAUCUUACAAGGGACCAAUUUCUGGCCACAGCUCAUUAAAUUCCUACUCUCUAGGACCUAAAUAUAGUUUUGGCGGACAAAGCAGCAAUAGGUAUUUAGCACCAAAAGACUCGCACGGUGCUUACAGCGAAACUUCUUACAACACAAUCAAAUAUAGCGAAGAAUUGAAGCCAAGAAUUCACUAAUUUGUUUGAAAAUACAUUAAAAGUAUAUUGUAAAUAGGCUUGAACGUUAUGUGAGCAUUGUAAUGAUUGAGUAGGAAUACGAAAAUGUGGUUUAGCGAAAGUGUUAGAGUUAUCUUUGUUUAUUUAUUUGCGUACGUUCCGCUUAUUUAUCAACAAGAGAACUCUUUAAUUCUUGCCGUUAGUCAGCUGCGAGCUAUUUGGAAUACUUUCUUAUUAGAUAAUAUAUGAAACAAGUUUGCCUAUAGUUUUAUAACAGCUCCUAAUUUGAGUAAUCCAAUCGGAUAUAUAACCACAUAAAGCAAUUUGUGUACAUCAACGAGAAAAUGUUUGCAUGGUAGUUUGAAUGCGAA